AUGGAAAGUCUCCAACCCCACUCAAAUUUGCAAAGCUUAACUGUUAGCUGUUAUGAAGGCAACAGCUUUCCCUCAUGGAUGUUAAGACCUGUUGGUGAUUCUGGUUUGUUUUUGCUUAACAAUUUGAUGGAGCUGAAUUUGUUCGAUUGCCGCAAUUGUGAAAGUCUUCCACCUCUGGGCCAAUUGCAGAAUCUCCAGUUUCUUAAUUUGAGAAAUCUGCGGGAAGUGAAAAGCAUGGGUAAUGAAUUUUAUUGCAACCAAGGUAUUGAUGAUAUGAAUAAGGUGAUCAAGGUGUUUCCUGCAUUGAAAAAAUUCACCUUAAGUCGGAUGGAAAGACUAGAAGAAUGGACAGCAAUGGCGGCCACAAAGACGGUCAUGUUUCCUUGCUUGGAGGAGCUGAAUAUUUGGCGUUGUCCCUUGUUGAAAAGUGUUCCAUUAAAGGGACAAUAUUUAUCUCUUGAAAGUCUUAGAAUUUCCAAUUGCAGAGCAUUAAGCAAGAUUGGAGACGGAUUAUCUACCUCCACUUGUCUCAAAGAAUUAGAUCUAUAUCAUCUUAAUAUAAGUUUGCUUCCAGAUUUGAAAGGAUUUUCCUCUCUUCAAAAUCUAUCAAUUGAAAGGUGCGCUGAGUUGGAAGUUAUUCCGAUUACCGGGGGAUUUUCAUCUCUUGAAAAGCUUAGCAUUCUCUUUUGCAAAAAAUUAAGCAAGAUUGGAGACGGAUUAUCUACCUCCACUUCUCUCAAAAUAUUAGAUCUAAAUUUUUGUUUUAAUUUAAGUUUGUUUCCAAAAUUGGAAGGAUUUUCCUCUCUUCAAAAUCUAUCAAUUCAAAGCUGCAAUGAGUUGGAAGUUCUUCUGAUAACCGGAAGAUGUUCAUCUCUUGAAAAAGUUAACAUUUCCAGCUGCAAAAAAUUAAGCAAGAUUGGAGACGGAUUAUCUACCUCCACUUAUCUCAAAUAUUUACAUCUAUUUGGUUGUCCUAAUUUAAAGCCCAUGCCAAGUUUAGAUGGACUCUCUUCUCUCACAGAAUUAAAAUUGGAGAAUGUAGGGGAAGGAUGGAGUUUUCUGCUACCAAAUAUGUUUCGAUCCAAUACUUCCCUUUGCAGUCUAAGAAUAUUAAGGUUGCCUGAUCUGAUAUGGAUUCCAGAUGACAGCCUUGGUAGGCUUAAUUGCUUGGGAGAAUUAACCAUUGGUGGUUUCUCAGAAGAGCUGCAGGAAUUCCCAUUUCUCAGUUCCAUUCAAUAUCUCAGUGCCUCCCUUCGAGUUCUAGUGUUGAUUGGUUGGGAAAAGCUGAAGAGUCUUCCCUCCCAACUUCAAUUCCUCACUGCCCUUGAAUCUUUGACGAUACAAGAGUUUCAAGGAAUAGAAGCUUUGCCGGAGUGGUUGGGGAAUCUCUCUUCUCUAAGCCAUCUGUAUAUCUAUUCAUGCAAUAAACUCAUGUACCUGCCUUCUGUAGAUGUCAUGCGAAGCCUCUCCAAAUUACAAGAAAUUAGCAUUCUACGUUGUCCUCAAUUAGAUACAAGAUGUGAGAGGGAGAGUGGCCCUGAAUGGUCCAAGAUUUCCCACAUUCCAGGAAUAUUUAUUAAUGAUCUGAGGAUUUAG